UCUUUGGAAGCCGAAAAUCCAAAAGAAAUUGCAGAAGAAAAUGAGAAUUUGUGGGUUUCUGUGAAAGAGCUUGUAGUGCCAUUUCCUCAUUUGAUAUUUUUUGUUCUUUUCUCCCUUUCAAUUAGUUCAUAUGUGCAGUCUAAAAACCAAUCUCGAAGUUAAUGAUUUUCAUAUACCUACUCCACCAAAUGCGUCUGAUCUCACCUUACAUACUCAAGACGAAGGGUCUCGUUACAGUUCCCAAGCUUUUUAACAUUCCAAUUCCUCAGUUUAUCCAUUCAUUAUCCAUCAAUCGAACUUUAUUCUUCCUCCCUAAUCCAAAAAUACUUUUUCAACUACUGAAGCACUGCUUGACAUUGUCGCAACUCAAACAAAUACAUGCCCAGAUCAUCAAAAAAGCCUUAUCUCAGAACAAAUCUAUACUUGGAGCACUUGUUUGCUCUUGUAUCUCCAAUAACAAUCUAAGCUAUGCACAGUUCUUGUUUGUUAAUUAUUCUUCUCCUUCUCCAUCAACUCUCCUAUGUAACCUCAUGAUCCAAGCAUACUCCAAGAUACCCAAUUCCCAAGAGUCAUUCCAUAUCUUGCAUCAGAUGCUUGCAAUUGGAAGACCCAUGUUGGAAAUCCCUGAUGAAUACACCUUCACUUUUGUGAUCACUGCCUGUUCACGCAAUCCAACUAUGGUAGCUUAUGGAGAAAAUGUUCAUGCGCUAGUUAUAAAGUAUGGGUGUGAAUCUAAUAUUUAUGUUCGCAAUUCAUUAGUUAACAUGUAUUCAAUAUUCAGAAAGAUACAGGAUGCCCAUAAGGUCUUUGAUGAAAUGCCUAACAGAGAUGUGGUCACUUGGACAAGUCUUGUUCGUGGAUAUGCUAACUCUAGGAAUUUGGUUACAGCUCAUAAGUUGUUUGAUAAGAUGCCUGAGCGGAAUGAUGUUUCUUGGGCUGUUAUUAUUGCAGGAUAUGUCGGAAGUGCCUGUGCUCAUCUUGGAGCCUUAGACCAAGGAAAGUGGGUUCAUGUUUACAUAGAUAAACAUCAAGUGCCACAGAGUUCCAACAUUUCAACUGCUCUAAUUGAUAUGUAUGCAAAAUGCGGGAGGAUAGACUCUGCCUAUCUAAUUUUUAGUGGAAUCUCCAAAAGAGAUGUCCUUACGUGGACAAGCUUAAUCUCAGGGCUAUCAAUGCAUGGUCUUGGUAAGGAUUCUCUUCAAGUUUUCUUUCAAAUGCUAGCAGAAGGUAUUAACCCAGAUAACAUCUCUCUUCUUGGCGUUUUGAUUGGAUGUAGCCAUUCUGGUCUAGUAGAGGAUGGUUGCUUUAUCUUUUAUAACAUGGAACGGUUAUGGGGAAUUGUACCAAAGAUUGAGCAUUAUGGGUGUUUGAUAGACCUUCUUGGUCGUGCAGGGCAGUUGGAAAGGGCAUUUGAAGUUGUCAAGAGGAUGCCUAUGGAGCCUGAUGUUGUGAUCUGGAGGGCCUUGCUUAGUGCUUGUAGAAUCCAUGGUAAUGUUAGCUAUGGGGAGCGAAUCAUAGAUCACAUUGCCCAAUUGGAUUCUAGUAGUCAAGGUGGAGGUUAUGUGCUUCUUUCAAAUUUGUAUGCAUCUCUAGGCCAAUGGGACAAGGUCACUGGAUUGAGGAAUGCAAUGAACAUGGGAGGGUAUAAAUUCAGCCCUGGUUGUAGUUGGAUUGAGGUUCAUGGUGUUAUUCAUGAAUUCCUUGCUGGUGACAGGCUGCAUCCCCAAAUUGAGGAGAUACAUGACAAGUUAAAUGAGGUAUUGAAAAUCAUAACCAUCUAUGGAGGUUAUAUUCCUAACACAAAACAAGUGCUGUUUGAUUUGAUUGAGGAGGAGAAAGAGCAAGCUUUAUCUUGGCACAGUGAGAAGUUGGCUGUGGCUUUUGGACUGCUAAUUACUGAAGCACAGACCCCAAUUCGGAUAGUAAAAAAUCUAAGGAUAUGUGAGGAUUGCCAUUCAGCUAUGAAAGCCAUUUCACUAGUUUUCCAUAUAGAGAUUGUUGUAAGAGAUAGAUCGCGUUUCCACACUUUCAGAGGAGGAAACUGUACAUGUACAGAUUUUUGGUAGGAAGAUCAUUUGUAGGCUAAGAGAUAUUGAGCAGUUUUACAUUAUUCCCUUGAAGAGCACUGCCCUAGUAUUGUAAAUUGAGCUGUUCUGCCUAAAUCUCUUUACAUUUUUUAUAGCGGGAAUUA